AUGAUGAACUCGCUCCUCUUCGGUGAGAUGGCGCGAGCCUUCUCCGCCGGCCCGGCCCCCGGCGCCUUGGGCCCCGGCAGCCCCGCGGCUGCCUCCCCGCCGGUGACCACGGCGCUGCGGAACGACCUGGGCUCCAACAUCCACCUGCUGAAGGGGCUGAACGUGCGGUUCCGCUGCUUCCUGGCCAAGGUGCACGAGCUGGAGCGGCGCAACCGGCUGCUGGAGAAGCAGCUGCAGGCGCAGCAGAGCGAGCGCGACCGCCGCUUCCGCUACAAGACCUUCUCCCGGGACCAGGCCGUGCAGACGGACUCGGGCCCCCCGGCUCCCGGACACGGCGCCCUGCCGCCCGGCCCCGCCGCCGCCGCCUCCCCGCCGCAGCACUACGGCCGCCUGCCUGGCACCAUCUGGAGCUACACCCAGGUGCGCCGCACCGGCGGCGGCGGCCUGGAGACCCUGCAGGGGCCCGGCGUCUCCUGGGUCCACCCGGACGGCGUUGGGGUGCAGAUCGACACCAUCACCCCCGAGAUCCGGGCCCUCUACAACGUGCUGGCCAAAGUCAAGCGGGAGAGGGACGAGUACAAGAGAAAAUGGGAGGAGGAACUGGCAAAGCGAAUGAGUCUGGAGUCUAUGGUGGAAACCUUGCAAGAGGAGGCUCAAGAAGCUGAAGCUGUCCAGGAAGAGUUAAAUGAAAAGAUUGAGCGGCUGAAAGCAGAGCUUGUUGUCUUUAAGGGUCUGAUGAGUGAUCCCAUGACAGACCUGGACACAAAGAUCCAAGAAAAGGCCAUGAAGGUGGACAUGGACAUCUGCCGUCGAAUCGAUAUUACAGCUAAGCUGUGCGAUGUAGCACAGCAGCGCAACUCUGAAGACGUUUCCAAGAUAUUCCAGGUGGCUUCCAAAAAGAAAGAACGCAAGCUAACAUCUGACGAUGACCUCUCUGAGCAGGAUGGAGACAACAGCAGAUUAUCAGAUGACGAAGUCAGCUGUUCUCUGAACAUCACAGAUGAAAUGAAGCGAAUGUUUAAUCAGCUGCGUGAGACAUUUGAUUUUGAUGAUGACUGUGACAGUUUAACAUGGGAGGAGAAUGAAGACACCCUGCUUCUCUGGGAAGACUUCACAAACUGCAAUCCUUCAAUUGACCUUCAAGGAGAACAGGAGGAGAAUCUGGGAAACUUGAUCCAUGAAACAGAAUCUUUCUUCAAAACAAGAGACCAAGAAUAUCAGGAAACAAUAGGACAGAUUGAGCUGGAGCUAGCUACAGCCAAGAGUGACAUGAAUCGUCACCUCCACGAAUACAUGGAAAUGUGCAGUAUGAAGAGGGGCCUGGACGUACAGAUGGAAACCUGUCGUAGACUUAUCAAAGGCUCGGCUGACAGAAAUUCUCCAUCUCCCAGCUCUGUAGCCAGCAGUGACUCAGGAAACACAGAUGAGAUUCAAGAUGAGUUUGACAGAGAGGCGGACGUGGAGCCUAUGGUCAGCUGAUACAUAAUCAGAGCAUUCCAGUGAAAGGGAAAAUACAGAAAGAAAAAAAAAAAAAAAGUGAAAAAAUAGAAUACUGACCGAACAGACUAAUAAGCCCUGGCACAGGGUUCCUGAGGACUCAUUACGAUACGCAUCCCCACCCCACCUGAGGAUUGGUGCUGUACAUUUCUACUGUUCUACCAAUUACAAAUGCAGAAUUCUGUAAGAAAACAUGGUGUUUUAAUGGUGCCUUUGCCCCAAGCUGAGCCACUUUGAGCUCGAAUAGAAUAUUAAUAGCAGGUGUUUUUUAUAAGAAAAAUAAAAAAGGGGGAAAAAAAAAAAAUCUGGCCGCAGCAGAGAAUGGUGCUGCAAACAUUUUGGGUGUUUCAGUAGGCUUAUGACUUACUGAAGGGCUGCACUGAUUGGCAAAAGGAACAUGGACCACAACACAAUUGCAGUAUGAUUACCACAGUUG